UUUAUGGCUAAUCAACUGCCAGAGGAAUUUAUCAGUGUUGGUGAGCCCGAGACUCAUAACUGUGAGAUCAGGCUGAGAGUUAGUCCUAAGAAACGAAAGGAAAAAGUUUUUGUUGGUUGUGGUGCUGGUUUUGGAGGUGAUAGACCGUUGGCAGCUCUUAAGUUACUUCGAAAAGUUAAAGAUCUCCACUACCUUGUACUUGAAUGCUUAGCAGAGCGCACCCUUGCUGACCGCUACCAAGCAUUGAAAUCAGGCGGUGAUGGUUAUGACCCUCGUAUUUCAGAAUGGAUGGAGUUGCUCCUACCUCUGGCCAUUGAACGAGGGGUCUGCAUUAUUACCAACAUGGGUGCAACAAAUGCAUCGGGGGGUCAGGAUAAAGUUCUGGAAAUUGCAAGCAGGUUGGGUAUAAAGAUUACAGUGGGUGUGGCUCACCAAUUUGAUAUCGCCAAAGCAGGUCUUGGUUCUCACCUGAGAAAUGUGGAUGGUGGUAUUAGCAUGUAUCUAGGGGCAGCUCCUAUUGUAGAGUGUCUUGAGAAGUACAGUCCCAAUGUCGUCAUCACUUCCCGUGUAGCUGAUGCAGCCUUAUUUCUAGCUCCAAUGGUUUAUGAACUAGGUUGGAACUGGGAUGAAUUGCCGCUGCUAGCCCAGGGCACUAUGGCUGGACACCUAUUAGAAUGUGGUUGUCAACUCACUGGAGGGUAUUUUAUGCAUCCAGGAGACGUAUAUAGAGACAUCCCUUCUGCAAAUCUUCUAGAUGUGUCUCUUCCAUUUGCCGAAGUUAAUUGUGAUGGUAAAGUGUGUGUAGCAAAAGCAGAUGGGAGUGGUGGAGUGUUAAACUUCAGUACCUGCGCUGAACAGCUUCUUUAUGAGGUAGGGGAUCCAGGUGCCUAUAUUACCCCAGAUGUGGUUAUCGAUUUCCAAGAUGUUACGUUUCAGUCAUUAUCAGCCAAUAAAGUUGUCGGCUCUGGAGCAAAACCUGCUGUAGUAUCUGUACCUGAAAACCUUUUAGCACUAGCUUCGAAGGAUGCUGGAUGGAAAGGAUGGGGAGAGAUAUCCUAUGGUGGAUAUAAAUGUGUGGAACGGGCUAAAGCUGCUGAAUUUCUGGUGAGAUCAUGGAUGGAAGAAGUACAUCCUGGAACUAGUAACCGUAUAGUGUCUUAUAUAAUCGGAUUGGACAGCCUCAAGGCAAUUAGCCUUGACAAUAUCACCUCGAUGCCGAGGGCUUGUGAAGAUAUUCGAUUGAGAAUGGAUGGGUUAUUUGAGCAAGAGAAACAUGCUAUUGGGUUUACUAAAGAGUUCAUAGCUUUGUACACAAAUGGACCUGCUGGUGGUGGAGGUAUCAGCACAGGACACAAGAAAGAGAUCCUGCUAGAGAAAGCACUGGUUGGGCGUGAACAUAUUUACUGGAAAAUCUCAGCAAAGCAAAACCAACCAACAAAUACAAGGGAUCAUAGCAACAUAGUCCUCCACGAAGCAUCAUUUAUUCGUCUUGAGGAGUUUUUACCUCCUGAGAUUCACCUGUCUCCAGCUCCCCCAGGAAGAAGAGUCCAUCUCUAUGAUGUAGUCCACAGCAGAGCUGGUGACAAAGGUAACGACAUGAACUUCUCGAUCAUCCCACAUUUCCCUCCAGAUAUUGAGCGUCUCAAGGUCAUCAUAACUCCAGAUUGGGUCAAACGUGUCAUUUCACCUCUUCUAAACCAAUCAUCCUUCCCAGGCGUGGAUGAUAUAGAAACACGAGACAAAUGGGUCAAUGAACACGUUAACGUGGAGGUUUAUGAGGUCCGUGGCAUCUGUUCAUUGAAUGUUGUCGUGAGGAACAUUCUAGAUGGUGGCGUUAACUGUUCAAGAAGAAUUGAUAGGCAUGGGAAAACUAUAUCUGACCUCAUAUUGUGCCAAGAAGUUGCUCUGCCCUAGUGAUCAAGGGUAUGGAGUAUAUGUCACAAUGACCAUCUGACUUGUAUACAUUGUUGAACAGUAGAUAUGUGUAUGUGAACAUGUUUUGAGCUAAAACAAAUUACAAUUGUGUCUAAUUUACAAACACUAUAUCUAUUUUUAGACUA